UCCUGCAGGGUUUUUGCCGCGAAGUAAAAGCUUUCGCUAAGGUUAGGCUGUGAAAGUGUACAGAAGUUCUGUACGUGCACUCACUGCACUGUAAAAUGCAACACGUUCGCUGAGAUGGAUUAACGCCUACCAGGGAUCCAGCAAACAUCUGCUAACCCUGUCCCAUCCUUAUGGAUCCUGGUGAGAGUGAUCUUGAUUCAAGUUUUCCUCAGACAGAAAACCCCUGCCUCAUAGUUGAGGACUCCCAGCCUGACAGCGUGGCCCUGGAGGAUGAUCCUGACACCAGCUACUGUGCCCUUCUCGCCCGCCGCCUCUCUAACCUGCAGCCCACAUCACAAAGCCCUGUGCUGGAGCUAAUUUCUUCCCCUACUAGAAGUCGUUGUUUACAAAGUGACAGUCAGACUGAUAAGAGUGACACUACAGCCCACUCAGACAAUUCGCAGUCCGACCCGGGUUCAGCAGCUACAGAGCAUAGUCAAGUUUUUGAAGUUCACUCUUAUCCAAUCUCAAAAAGAAGUGUUACAGAGCACAUGGAGUCUGAGGCUAACUCCACCACACACUGUACAGAGACACAUGAUGAGAUGUCUCAGUUCGGUUUCUUGGAGCUGUCGGAGAGCCAGGGAGUCUUUGAGGAAGAUGAGCAGGAUGGAGCUCCUGCAAAUAAAACAAACAGUCAGAAACCAGCCAGCCAAUGUGGAUUGAAGAGUUCAGAAAGAACAUCAUCCAAUCAAGAUGGAAAUUCUUCAGGGUCAGAGGUCAGUUCAAGCUGCGCUUCGAAGCCUCAGGAUGGGGAAAGCAGGAAGCUCAGUAUUCAGGCUAUACUGCACUCUCAAUUAACUGACAGUCAAGAAGAUGAAGAAGAUGUGCUUGCUUCCUCUCAGGAUGACAUGUUUGAAAAGGAGAGAAAUGGCACCAAGGCAGACAGCAGUGUUACAGAGCUUGACAGAGAACACCGGCCGACAUCCACACCUGCACAUAGUCUUCGCUUGCUUCAUCUGUCUGGACAGGGCACACUUGUACAGGAGAGUCUUUCACAGCAAUCUGUUGACUUUGUGGCUGCCACUCAGGACAAUUUAAGCCAAACACCUUACAUUGUCCCAAAUUCACCCACAGAAAAAGAGCAGAAUUAUAAUGAAGCUGCUGCAUCCCCAAUGGACACAUCAGCGCCCCCUGAGGACCAGCCACCAGGGAGAGAGGAGGAGCCAAUGGACAUGGACCCCUGCCCCAAACCACAACCCACAGCCUCCACUCCAGUGUCCCAGAAUUCCCCUGGAUUUGUUCUAGAGAAAAGCCUCUCUGUCCCCAGCCAGCCUGAAUUCUCACAUGACGUGUUUAUUUCCACUCCAAGUCUUGAACCUGUGAACAAAAGUCAAGGGACUGAGAGCUCAAAGAAGUUGCCUCAUCAAAACAACCCAUCAGCAACCGAGUCAGGAUCGCCCAAGCAGACCGGCCCAGCGGAGCAGCUAAAAAAGUCUUCAAGCAGCGGUUCACAUACCUCUGAGGUGGCUGAGUGCUUUCAGUUGGAGCUCGACAGUGAAAACAGCAGUUUUGCUCAGAAGACACAGUUGUUCGUUGUGGAGGAGGAUAGCCAAGCCACACAGAUCGUGGAAGAGGAAGGAACUGUUGGUGCGGACAAGAGCAACUCAAACCCUAAACGCCAUUCCCAAAAUGCAAGCAAGAAUGCUACGGACCCUGAGCCUGUUACAACAUCAGAUUCACAAAGCCUUUCCAGGGUGCUUGAUUCAAAAAGUACAGAAGACUGUAACCCCUCUCAAAAGCUCUCACAGGUUGUUAAUGUAGGGAACCAGAACAUAAGCGCUUCUCCAGGUGCGACUCCUUCCCAGCUUGCCGGUGCAGAGUGUGUUUCAGACACCUCUAAUGCACCACAAACAAGUAAAACCACAGUCGCUGACUGUUCACAAGCCUCGCCAUCAGCUGACAGAACCAUAAGUCCUGUUCUUGUCCCCCAACAGUCUCUGUCUCAGUCAGUCUUAACUGUUUCGUCCCAAAAGAACACCGAGAAGGAAAAAGAAAGUGUUAGUCAAAGCCAGAGACUCAGUCAGCCCAUGACACACAGCCACAGUGUUGUUACAGACAGUGUUAGAAAUACCAAAGAGGAGGAGCGGAUGGAUGAAGGUGAGAUUCAGAGAGAGGUGACAGGUGAUGACACUGGGAUAAAGCUGGGCUUGUCUCAGAGCCAGGUGCUUUCUCCAGAACCCAUGGAGGAGGAGAAUGGAGAGGAGGAGAAGGAGAUAUCCCAACGUGAACCCAGCAGAGACGACCACUCCAGUAAAGAGGAGAGCUUCAGUGUCAUGGUGCUAGAAGAGAGCCAGAGGGUCUCUCAAGAGAAAGUGAAGGAUGGGAGGUCACAGCCGUUCAUAAGCUCCUCGCAACCUGUGAGGGGCUCUGUGCAGGACAAACGUGAGGCCACGGCAAAGAUCUCAGGGUCUCAGCCGGCGGGAUCAACUGAGGUUUCACCUUUACAGCUCGAGAGAGCCAAGUCCCAGAGCACACAGCCCAGUGAUGCAGGACAGCACAAAAAAAACUCAGACAAUGCCGCCAACAAAAGUCUGAGUGACAGCUCUGGAGAGCUUCCGUUUCACUUUACAUUGCCCAAAGAGGGCGAGCUGAUCCGCCCAGCAGUGAGUGCAGCAGUGAGUGCAACUCCUCCACAGAUUAGUCAGCUGAAAAAGACACCAAGACACAGCACUCCUAUUGAGAUGACCUCGUUCUCAGAGCCGUCGGAGGCCGACGUUACCAGGGAGACGACAAUGGCGGCCAGUGAGAUUUCGGUAGAGGAGAGCAGAGAGGGCGAAGAGCCAGCAGCAGUGGAGCAAGAUGGGAAACUGAGUCUCAGGAUGAAACUGGUGACACCGGUGGAGGAGGGCAGCUCGGGAUCAGAACAUUUCAGCCUGCAGAAACCACCAUUAACAGAUGAGGAAGGAUCUGUCUCCAAGGCUACCACUGUUGCCAUGGAUGUAACCAGUCCUUCUGUGUUCAGUCGUGUUCGGGAGGCCCACAGGCAUGUCCAGGUAGAGGAUGAUGAAGAGUCCAGUGAUCCUCCGCUCAGGCAAGCAAGCCAGCUGUUCAGGUCCCCCAACACUAAUUACUCAGGGCUGUCUCUCAAAUGCCCAAAAGAAACAGUGGACAGCAGAGCCUCAGGCCGAGUCACUGAAGCUGUACCUCUGCAUCCUGCUGGUGCGGGAGCAAACUCUGAACCUCUGGUCAGUGGUCUGCCCUCCCCUGCCAAAGAACAAGAGGUUCUCAGCACUUCUGACAAACCUCGAACACCUGUCCGACAGAGAGCCGUGUCACAGCAAACUAGUGUGGAUAUCAGCUCGACCACCAGCCCACCCAGCAAAAGAGCUGUGUCUCAGCAGACUAGUUUUGAUCUGUCUGGACCGCAUAACCUGUCUGGAAGGGGAGAACCAAGUACACCAACCAGAACCCAUCCAGGCCCAUCAUUGCGCAGACAUGUUCGCACCAUCCAGGAAGUCCGAACAACGGUCACUCGCAUCAUUACAGAUGUCUACUAUGAAGAUGGCAGAGAGGUUGACCGCAAGGUUACCCAUGAGUCAGAGGAACCCGUGGUGGAUCGCUGCAUCGUAGACAAUGACAUCUCACCCUCCCGCACAGGAAGCUCCAUGACAUCAGGAGACCUGGCUGAUGUCAGUUCACUCUCCUCGAAGGCCCCAUCACACCACAGCUCCAGUGGGACAAGCAGCACGGGCCUGGGUCCCAUCAGAAUGCCAGAUUUUCUAAUGCCCCCCAGCCGAGGGGCCAAGUCUGGCCGGCGGGGGGGAUGGCAGCAGCCGAGGAGUCACACUGUGGUGGUGGGGUCAGAGGUGACGGAUGCACGGGGGUCUCGGGUCACCACCCAGCUGAGCCCCCGUGGCCGUGCCCGGCGGGGAAGGCCUCCUUCCCGCAGCCCGCUGUCCAGAGGUGGCAGAACAGGACAGAGAGGUGGUGCCCAUGGCCAGGGUGCAUCAUCCUCAGAAGAGGAGCACUUUGCCCAAAGGCAUGUCCAAGCACCAGGCAGCCCAGUAGAGCCCAGUGCUACAAGCCGCUCUGAAUCUCUCAACACCACCUCCCCAGAUAACAGCGCUGGGUCCAGCAGUUUUGUUGGGUUGCGUGUGCUGGCCAAGUGGUCAUCCAACUCGUAUUUCUAUUCUGGGAGUAUCACUCGAGACCUGGGAGAGAACCGUUUCCGCCUUCUGUUCGAUGACAACCAGGAGUGUGAAGUACAAGGAAAAGACAUCUUGCUCUGUGACCCCAUUCCUGUAGAGACGGAAGUCACUGCCUUAACCGAGGAGGAGUACUUUAAUAUAGGUGUGGUGAAGGGUCAUAAGACUCAAGGCUCUGAGUUCCUUUACUGUGUGGAGAAAGAUGGUCAGAGUAAUUGGUACAGCAGAACGUCUGUGAUUCUCAGCAUGGAACAAGGCAACCGCCUGAGGGAGCAGUAUGGACUGGGACCCUAUGAGCCAUCUACACCCCAAACCAUGGCCUCUGAUGUCAGCCUUGAUAACCUGGUAGAAGGAAAGCGGAGACGCCGAGGAAACUCCAGUGGAGCAGGGACCCCUACACGCAGCUCCAGCAACAGUCCAAGAAACCCAGGGCCUUCUGGGAAACGAAAGCUCAUCAGUGGUGCGGAGGAUGAGAGGACUCCUGCAAAGAGAGGACGCAGGGGGGGAGGGGCCAGAGUGGGACAGCGUAUCGCUGCUUGUAACACAUCUGGGAGCGGAGCAGACCUGCCCCCUGACCCUAAUGACCUGGUGGCAACACAUGGACCUUUGCCGGAAAACUCCUCUCUCUUUAUGGGGUUUGUCUUCAUGCUCACGGCAUCCUCAGAAAGCGACAGAGACUCCAACCACCAGCCCAGUGAUGAGGAUGAUGAGUAUGUUCAGAGAGCGCCAUACAACAAACACUAUACAGAGAGACAGCUAGAGGCAGGUGGAGGAAUGAUCCUGCUUGACUUUAAUGAGGAACAGUGUAAAGCAGCCUAUCAGAGCUUGCUGAUCGCCGACCAGCACUGCCGGACCAGGAAGUACCUGCUGUGUGUGGCAGGUGGAGUUCCCUGCGUGUCUCAGAUAUGGGUGAGGGAUUGCUGCCAGGAGAAGAAGCUACUCAACUACAGGAACUACCUACUUCCUGCCGGUCUGGGGCCAGAGGGAUGCAUUGUGGAGUGGCAUCCUCGCUGUAACCCUUUCAAAGCUCUGAAGGUGGUGCUCAUAUCGGAAGAUCGUGUGGAUUUGUGGAACUCUUUGCUUUCUAUGGGUGAUGCAGCAAAAGUUCAUCACUAUAAAGAAAAUGAAGACCUUUCUGACAUUCCAAAUGUGAAGUUUGACCUGGCAGUGACAUCAUCUGCAUGUCCAUCUGAGGAACUGAAACGUGUGGCCCCGGACAUGCCUGUUGUCUCUCUGGAGUGGCUGAUUCAGAGCUUGAUCUGUGGAAAGUGCCUCAGCUAUGACAGCAACUCUGAAUUCUGUCACAACCCUUCCACAUAAACCAUCAUUCCUCUGAUGUCUUCUCACAUGUCUUUUAAAUGUCCUCUGUGUUUUAGUGCAUGCAUUUUACUGUACAUAGUUUUUAUGAAAUAA